AUGGCUUCCAAAACUAAAAGUAAGAGUAAGAACAAGCGUGUUAAUCGUGCCUUUCGUCAAAGGAAAAGGAACCCCCGACCCUAUUCAAAAGCAAAGCCCACUACUGCAAAAACCCCUUUAGUCUCAGAAGCUGAAAAAGAACUUGGCAUUCUGAAAAAGUUUGAUCUGACCCUAGAGUUUGGACCGUGCAUCGGAAUCACACGCUUGGAGCGAUGGGAGAGAGCAGAAAAGCAUGGGUUGAAUCCCCCAACAGAGGUUAAGAUUAUUAUCAGCAAACACAGCAGCAGUGAGGCAUAUACUGAUUGCUUAUGGAGUGACUACAUCAUCUUAAAAUGA